CAUCCUUAUUUACUUCUGUCUUCAAAUUUACCCCUAACAAGUUACUGUGAAUCAACCCCCUCCUUUGUUUCCCAGGGGUGAGCUUCUUUCACCUCUGUCUUCCGGAGGUCAGCCAUUCCUAAAGACCGUUAAAAUUCUUGUCAUCUGCCUUAGGCCAGCACCUGUUUAUUUUAGCUGAUGUCCGGAGAUAAGCUUGCUCAGAGCCCAGAGGAAGAUGUCUGCAUCACAGAAGCACUUAUCAUUAAGCGCAACCUAACUUUCGAUGAAGAUGAGGAUCUGUCCGAGAAGAUGUUUUACACCCUUGCUGACCUGCAGACUGUGCGGCUGGACCGGGAGGGGAUCACCACCAUUGAGAACCUAGAGGGUCUCCGGAAUAUUCACAGCCUCUACCUGCAAGAGAACAUGAUCCAGCGGAUCCAGAACCUGGCCUGUAUCCCCUCCUUGCGCUUCCUGUCCCUGGCAGGAAACCGCAUCAGGCAGGUGGAAAACCUCCUCACGCUCCCAUACCUCCAGUUUCUGGACCUUUCUGAGAACCUGAUAGAUUCGCUGGCGCUGGAUGAGCUCCCCCAGAGCCUUCUCAUCCUCAACCUCAGUGGAAACAAAUGCACCACCCGGAAGGGGUACAGGGAGACGGUGACUGCCGCACUGCCCCUGCUGCUGGACCUGGAUAGGCAGCCUGUGACCGAGCGCUGGACCUCAGAGGAAGAGGCCUCGGGGGAGGAGGAUGAGUUCCCAGAGCUGAGCGGGCCCUUCUGCUCAGAGCGAGGCUUCUUCAAGGAGCUGUCACAGGAGAUGAGCAGGCACCAGGAGCGCCGGCAGCAGGAGGCCCUGACAGAGCACCUUCUGCGGAUGGAGAUGCAGCCUGGCAUCACCGAGCUGUCCCCUGCCACCACUGCUGGGGACAGCAGCCCUUCUGUCAUUCUGGAGCAAGGCGGGGAGCCAUGCCCUGCCUCUGUACCCCAGGCCUCCUCUUCUACCACCAAAUCUAGCACACUGGCCCCUGGGGGCCAGAAAAGCUGUGUCCAGGUCAGGAAGGGGACCCAAGCCACCACCACCCCUGUGACCUCUGUGGUCAGGGCCCCUAGCACAACCAAAACAAUGACCAAGAAAGCCAAGAAGUGAGACUCAGCCUCUGUCUGUGGCUUCCCUGCUCCCCACACCCCUCGCCUGUGCCCAGAUCCCCUCCUCAAUAAAAUGACAGUAGGCCCGAAA